AUGUCACAUGACAAAUCGCCAAAGACCACCGACAUCACGGUCGAGGUGGCCCUCACACGCGAUGUUGAGAUUAUCGAGAUGAAAAACAUGGCGUCAUCGCCGGCACGGGCCAAGGAGAACAACAUGACGUGGGCCAUUUCUGCGCCAAAGUCGGACGAGCCCAAGGAACAGGGCGAAUGGUACGAUGGAUUUCGACGCGCCGACCGCCGAAAGAUGAAGAGGCAGUGGGACCAAGGAUAUCGACCUGAGCAGAAACCAACGAUUCCGGGAGACCGACACUAUGAUAUCCGUGCUGCGAAUGCAAGGACGGCGACAUCAGCGUUGGCGAGGGAGCUGAAGGGGCGACAUUUGCAGAUGAUUGCGUUUGGAGGCACCAUUGGAACCGGUCUCUUCGUCACUUCUGGCAGCGCUAUUCACGCGGGUGGACCUGGCAGCGUGCUUCUGUCCUACAUCGUCAUCGGAAUGCUGCAGUACUGCACAAUGCAGUCUUUGGCCGAAUUGAGUGUCAUCUUUCCCAUUGCGGGCUCAUUCUCUGCCUUUUCAACAAGAUUCUUGGAUCCUUCCUGGGGGUUUGCCAUGGGAUGGAACUACUGCCUUCAAUGGCUCUUCACACUUCCUCUCGAGAUCAUCGCUGGCGCUUUUACCAUUGGCUACUGGAACGAGCACCUUAGCCAGUCGAUUUUCGUCGGAAUAUUCCUCGUCGCCAUUAUAGUGAUUAAUCUCUUCGGAGUCAAAGCCUAUGGCGAGGCGGAAUUCAUCUUUUCAAUCAUCAAAAUCACUGCCAUAGUCGGUUUCAUUCUCCUUGCCAUUGUCAUCAACAUUGGUGGAGAGCCGACAAGUGGUUAUAUCGGCGGCCGCUAUUGGAUGGACCCGGGACUCUUCAACAACGGUUUCAAAGGCUUCUGUUCAGUCCUUGUGACAUCAUGCUUCUCGUUCACCGGUACCGAAUUGAUUGGAUUAGCAGCGGCAGAAACUGUCAACCCUCGAAAGUCAAUCCCGAGCGCUAUCAAGCAGGUGUUCUGGCGCAUCACGAUUUUCUAUAUCGUCUCGCUGCUGCUCGUCAGUCUGCUCGUGGCAUAUGACGACCCUCGAAUCACCAGCGGAAUCAGCAUCGCGGAUGCAUCUGCGAGUCCUUUCGUGGUAGCGAUUGAGACUGCCGGAACCACCGUCUUGCCUAGCGUCAUGAACGCGGUUAUCUUAAUCGCCGUGAUAAGUGUGGGCAACUCGGCUGUCUUUGGUUCUUCUCGAACACUUGCCGCUCUCGCCGAUCAGUCGCAUGCCCCAGCCAUCUUCGCCUAUGUGGACAAGCAAGGUCGCCCAUUAGUGGCCAUCAUUUUCUCUUGCGCCGUCGGGUUAUUGGCUUUCCUAGCUGAAGUCAAGGCUCACGGUGUUGUAUUUGACUGGUUGCUAUCUGUCAGUUCCCUUGCAACGCUCUUCACAUGGGGAAGCAUUUGUCUCACGCAUAUUCGCUUCCGCAACGCUUGGACACAUGCCUCACACACUCUGGAACAGUUGCCGUUCAGGGCACGAUCCGGCACAACCGGCGCCUGGUUCGCCUUGGCUGGCUAUGUUCUUAUCCUUAUUUCGCAGGUGUGGAUGGCUUUCUCACCCAUAGAUGCUGACAAGAACUCGACCACGGCAGACGUUGUGCAAAAUGUCUUCCUUCAAGCUAUGGCGAUUCCGAUUGUUGUAGUCUUUUAUCUCGGCCACAAGAUCUGGUACCGUACGGGCUUUGUGUCUCUGGAUGAGAUAGAUAUAACGACAGGGCGGAGAUACUAUCGUGUUCAUCUAAUGAGCGACCAAGAACGGGAGGCUCGGAUGGCAUGGCCGUUAUGGAAGAAGGUCUAUUGGUAUUUUUGCUGA